CAAACAUGGAUGUAAAUGGACUGGUGGACAAACUGAAAGAAUAUUUUGCUGUGUCUGCAUAUCCCCACGAUAAUAACGAACUGUUUACAAUAAUUGGAAAAAUUCUUCCAGAAGAUUAUAAAUAUGGAAAAGUUCGGAGAGAGCUGUCAACAUUCCAAAAAAGACUUCAGUUUUAUUUCUCUCUGUUCAAGGCUCAAAAAUAUAGACCAGGUAUGACAACACAUGAGGCAUUCAGAAGAGACAUGACCAUUCUAGAAGAUGAACAGUUUCCGCCAACUCUGCGCGAAUUGUAUGCAGUGAGUGAGUUGUUGGAGCAAAGGAUUAUCCUCUUGAAAAUAACUGAUGAUUGUGAAACAGUCAGUGGAUUUUACAUAUCACCAAUUCUAAGAGAAACGUCCAAAACAGAGAAAAUUAUGCUUCUGCUCACGUUUGUAGACGGAGAACCUUAUUUCCAGCAUCUCGAAGGGGAAGAAGGGAAACUUACAAUGUGUCCAGUUACAUUACUUAAUGAGAACCAUGAUAUGUGUCUUGAUAAGCGAUUCAAGAACUCAUUUCAAGAACUCAAUGCGUCAUUCAUUUUAAAGCAAGUUGAGAGAUUGAAUAUUAGUAAUUUGGAAGAAGCUAUGGCCACCAUCACAAUAUCAGAAACUGAAAAAACAAACAUUUUUGUUGUGUUAAGUCAACUUGUCUAUGGUUCAGAGUGCAUGGAGGAAUUUGUCAAGGAUCACGUAAUCGCCCAUAUGAAAAGUGAUGAAUUCUAUGAAAUAUACCAAGCUUUUGUUUGUUUAGAUAAAUUUGAAGAAGAGAAGAAAGCAAUUGAUAGGCUGCCUGAAGGAAAAGCAAAAGAAACAAACCUGUCAGACUUACGAAAGAAAGCUUUUCAUUUUCAUCUCGAGCAAUGGGAUACUGUCAGCAUAGUGGACUUUUUUGCAGUUGCAAGUGUCUUUAAUGUUCAAAUAUAUGUCAAAAAAGGAAAAUGUAAUCUAUUCCUUCCUACUUGCAGUAGUUUCUCGAAAAUAUUUUCCUCGCCAAUCUACCUUGAACAAGCGUCCAACAGUGCCUUGAUUCCCUUGCUUGAUAGCAACAACUGUUCAUGUGUUUGUCGAAAACCAUUAAUACCCGGUCGAUUACCAGUUUACCAGGAGAUGAUCGAAGAUUUUAUCAUGAAAAGACUUGCAUUGGAACCAUGUUGCCCUGUUGGAAAGCACGGCACUCAUAAGCACUUCUCUACAAUUAAAGAUUUCCAAAUUGUCCCGAACGACCAGAUUUCCUCUUAUCAGAGUCCUUUGGAUAGGCACGUAGAAAAAGUUAUCGAAGUGUUGGAUACACAAGGACGAAAACUAGAUCAAAUAAACGGUGGAAAAGGUUCCUUAGAGCAAUGCCUAAGCCGAGAAAUUUUUGGAGAUGAGGAAAAAAUUUCGUUCUUUAAGUCAAGGUUUUGUGGGGGAAAACCAAUGAAUCCAGAAGAAAUCUUAUCAGUCGUUGCAAAUUCAACAGAAAAACCGUUGUUUGUAUUUAAGUAUUAUCCAGAAAGUUAUUCCUGGGUCUUGAUUGCGCCUAACUCAGCAACAACAAAAGAAAACUUAUGUCGAUAUUACAUCACCAUCUUCUACAAUGGACUUACUGGAUAUUUUGACAGAAUUGUAGCAAAAAAUGGAUGCAACUGUAUAUUACCUUCACCUGCUGUCGAUGUCAGAACAAACAUAGAUCUUAAACAAGACGAAAAGAAAAUUCUUGCAGCCAAUAGACAUAAUCCACUCCUGACGUUUCUCUCCACUGAUAUAAGUGAAACUUCAUUUAUUGACGAAGUUAGACAUGUACCAACAGUAUUUUCAAGAUAUUCAGAGAUCCCUCUAAUAACGAGUCGGUACGAUAUGCAGGAUAAGGAAAUAGAUUUUAUGUCCGAUUACAGCUACUCCUUGUGUAGAUGUGUAAGCAAGGAAAUUUUUGGAACUGAAAAUGAAUUUGAACUGAUAAUGAAGGAAGUUGUGAAUGAAAUUCAUAACAACCCUCACUUAUAUGGUAAAUUUAUGAGAUGGGACAAGGACGAAACAGAAAAUGAAGAAUUUUUAAAAAAUUUUACAUCAAGAAAGAGGAAAAAGAUGGACUUCUUUAAAAGGCAGAAGUCUGUUGAAAAAGAGCAAGCACUUUUUUAUGCUAAUCGAAUAGAGGAUGGAAUGGAAAUGGAAGAUUUAGAACUUCUUGCAAUAGCCACAUGCUUUCAGGUUCCAGUAUUUGUUAUCUGCGUUGAAGAAGACAAAGGGAUAAUUUCAACAUCUUGGAAAGAGUUUACACAGAUUAAAAGAAAACACAGACCAAGGCAAAUAAGAAAUAUUGCACGAAAAUCUUGCUGCAAUAUAGACAGUGAUGGCUUUAGCAAAUUUUUUAUUAUGGUGUAUAGAACGUUUUCAGGCCAAUUUCACCGAAUAGUUUCCAAAGAAGAAAUCUGCAACUGUUUGACAGAGCAACCUAAAGUACCGGAAAUUGAAUAUCACAAAGUGAGCAGAGCAGAUGAAAAUAUUUUUGCAAAAAUGAGGAGUAUAGAGAACAGACUUACAGUCACACGAAUAGCCCUUGACAAUUGGUUACGAUGCAAUAUGGCACUUGAACUUCUCUGUACAGAAGUAAUUGAUGGGUUAGAAAGCAGAAGAAAAAAUGUAAAUAUCGCAUCAAUUGUUGGGUCCUCUGUGGGUCUUGUUGGGGCCACCCUUGCCAUUGGUGGGCUUAUUGCUGCCCCGUUUACAGCAGGGGUAUCACUUGGUCUUACAAUUGCUGGGGGUGUUGUCGGAGGAAUGGGUGGUUUCACAUCAGCGGGAUCAAAAAUUUCAGAGUUUAUUUUAAAUAAAGGGACCGUCUCCCAAAUGGAAAGAUACCAGAUGAAUUUACGAGAGCGAUCACGAUGUCUUGAAAAAUCCAUCAAAGCUGUUGAGAAAGAAUUCAAAGAUCUUUUAGCAGCUAAAGAUUACGUUGACUGCACGGAUACCAACUCCUUAGGAGUAGCGACGUCGGCUGUUAGAUCGCUCACUGCUGUCCCAAUGAUAGUGCUACGAAUUAUUGCAAGGACUAUUACCCUUGGAGACAUGAUUCUAGUUCCACUGUCAGCUCUCCUUGAUGCAGGACUUCUAGUGUACUCCAUUUAUAAUCUUGCUAAGGGGUCAAGAACGAGAGAAACAGAGCGGUUAAGGACAAUCCGUACCGUGCUAAAAGUUGCAAGAGUGCAAAUGCAGAUAUGGGGAUAUGGAAACCAGAAAAAAUGGGAAAAGAAUACAAAUGAAAUUCCUGGAAUUUCCUAAAGUUAGCUAAACUUUUGAUUGACAUGCUGGAAAAAAUAACUACAUUUUGUCAAAUUAACUGGUACGUUUUGAAUGUUUAUGUUACGUUUAAACUAUU